AUGUUAUCUGAGGGAUCAACUCGUGAAGCUAUUGAAUUAUUGCAACAACUUGAAAAGAAAUCUCGUUUGGAUUGUGACACAAAAUCAAAUGAACGUAUUGUUCGUCAUAUGGUUAAAUUGGCUUUUGAUGCUAAACAAUGGGAUUUAUUAAAUGAAACAGUUAAAGCACUUUCAAAAAAGCGAGCUCUCAUCAAGAUGAAUAUGACUUACAUGAUUCGGGAUUGUAUCGAAAUGAUAGAAAAGCUUCCAAAUGAGAGCACAAAGGAAAGAUUUAUUAAAACUCUCAGGGCAGUUACUGCUGGGAAGAUUUAUGUCGAAGUGGAACGUGCUCGUUUAACAAAACGUGUUGUGAAUAAAUUGGAAGCAGAAGGAAAAUUGGAUGAAGCUUGUGAGAUGAUUAUGGAAAUGCAAGUGGAGACUUAUGGAUCUAUGGAGAUUACGGAAAAGGUCAAAUUUCUGCUUCAUCAAAUGCGUCUAUCAAUUCAAAAAGAGCAAUACACUCGUGCUACAAUCAUUUCGCGUAAAAUUAGUGACAAAUUUUUUGAUCGUGAAGGAGAUGAGUUGUUGAAAUGUAUUGUUUUCUAUCUACUUCUAUCUCCGCAUGAUUGUGAAAAAUGGGAUUUAUUGCAAAGAAUAAAAGGAAUGAGAGAAUUGGAGAAAUUGCCACAACAUAAAGAAUUGUUAAAAUUAUUUAUUCGGCAAGAAUUAAUUUUUUGGAAAGAAACGAUUGAAGGAGAGUAUUCAGAAAUUUUAUUUGGUGAAAAGGCAACAGAUGAAAAAAUGGCUGUUGAUGGAGUUGCUUCUUUGAUGCCGAAUUUGGAGGUCUUUCCAAUGUCCAAACCUGAAGGUAUUAAACGAAAGGAACGUCUUCAUGAUUGUGUUGGGGAACAUAAUGUUAGAAUGAUUUCUAAAUAUUACACUCGAAUCAGUUUUCAACAAAUGGCUAAACUUUUGGAAUUUAAUAUUGAGCAAAUGGAAACCUUUGUUUGUAAAUUAAUUGUUGAGGGUGUUAUUCCAGAUGCCAAAAUUCACCGUCCUUCUCAAAUUAUUUAUUUAAGUCCAAAACUUUCAACGGUUGAAAUAUUGGAUCAGUGGGGUUCUAAUAUCCACAAAUUGACUAGCACAAUUAAUAAAGUUGCACAUUUAAUUGUUAAAGAAGAGAUGGUACAUGGAAUGGAAAUUACACAAAAAGCUUGA